CCCGCGCAGUCUGCACUCGGUCCAGCCUUCACGCUGUCGCAGUGAUGCAGGUCCCCACCGCGCCCACCCCGGCCCCUGGGCCUGACUCCCCCAAGGACUCCCCGCGCGGCUCCCCGGGGCCCUUCAGGAAGCUCCUGGUGAACCAGAGCAUCCGCCUGCAGCGGCGCUUCACCGUGGCCCAUCCGCUGUGCUUUGACCUGGAUAAUGGGCUCUCAUGCAGGAGAAGCGCCCUGGACCCUCAGUCAGGGCCUGGCCUUGGCCGGGUGGUCCAGGCCUCUGGCCAGUACAGUCAGCGGCGAGAAUCCUUCCUGUAUCGCUCCGACAGUGACUAUGAACUCUCACCUAAGGCCAUGUCCCGGAAUUCUUCUGUGGCCAGCGACCUACAUGGAGAAGACAUGAUUGUGACACCCUUUGCCCAGGUCCUGGCCAGUCUGCGGACGGUUCGGAGCAACGUUGCGGUGCUAGCCCACCUGCAAGGCCACAUGGCAGCCAAGCAAGCAUCCAUCGGGAACCCUCCAUCUGGCAGUCAGCCCCCUCCACCUACAGAGGACACUGGGCAGAAGCUGGCUUUGGAGACACUGAGCGAGCUGGACUGGUGUCUGGAUCAGCUGGAGACAUUGCAGACGCGGCACUCGGUGGGGGAGAUGGCCUCCAACAAGUUCAAGAGGAUGUUGAACCGAGAGUUGACUCACUUGUCUGAAACCAGCCGUUCUGGGAACCAGGUGUCCGAGUACAUCUCCCAAACCUUCCUGGACCAGCAGACUGAGGUGGAGUUGCCCAGGGGAACCCCCACAGAGCCCCUGAGGCCCAUGUCCCAGAUCAGCAGCCUGCGUGGGCUCCCCCACAGUGCCAGCCUCUCCACAGCCACCAUCCCACGCUUUGGGGUCCAGACUGACCAGGAGGGGCAACUGGCCAAGGAACUAGAAGAUACCAAUAAGUGGGGGCUUGACGUAUUCAAGGUGGCGGAGCUAAGUGGAAACCGGCCUCUCACAGCCAUCAUAUUCAGCAUCUUUCAGGAACGGGACCUGCUCAAGACAUUUCAGAUCCCAGCGGACACACUUGUCACUUACCUGCUGACCCUGGAGGGUCACUACCAUGCCGAUGUGGCCUACCACAACAGUCUGCACGCCGCCGAUGUGGCCCAGUCCGCGCAUGUGCUUCUGGCCACACCUGCACUUGAGGCCGUGUUCACAGACCUGGAAGUCCUGGCCACCAUCUUUGCAAGUGCCAUCCAUGAUGUGGACCAUCCUGGGGUCUCCAACCAGUUUCUCAUUAACACCAACUCAGAGCUCGCGCUUAUGUACAAUGAUGCCUCAGUGCUGGAGAACCACCACCUGGCUGUGGGCUUUAAGCUGCUGCAGGCAGAGAACUGUGACAUCUUCCAGAACCUCAGCACCAAGCAGCGGCUGAGUCUGCGCAGGAUGGUCAUUGACAUGGUACUGGCUACUGAUAUGUCCAAACACAUGAACCUCCUGGCUGACCUCAAGACCAUGGUGGAGACCAAGAAGGUGACGAGCCUGGGAGUCCUGUUGCUGGACAACUACUCUGACCGCAUUCAGGUCUUGCAGAACCUCGUGCACUGCGCUGAUCUCAGCAACCCCACCAAGCCACUGCCCCUGUACCGCCAGUGGACGGACCGCAUCAUGGCUGAGUUCUUCCAGCAGGGUGACCGUGAGCGCGAGUCAGGCCUGGACAUCAGCCCCAUGUGCGACAAGCAUACGGCCUCGGUGGAAAAGUCCCAGGUGGGUUUCAUUGACUACAUCGCCCACCCACUGUGGGAGACAUGGGCUGACCUGGUCCACCCAGAUGCACAGGACCUUCUGGACACACUAGAAGACAACCGCGAGUGGUACCAGAGCAAGAUCCCCCACAGCCCUGUGGACCCCAUCAGCCCUGAGCGAGGCGGCCCUGACAGAUUCCAAUUUGAGCUGACUCUGGAGGAGGCAGAAGAAGAGGAGGAGGAGGAGAGAAUGUUGGCCCAGGAGGCCUCGGAGUCCCCUGACACUGAGCUCUUAUCCGCUGAGGCCAGACCAGACCCUAGGGACUUAUGCCCGGACAACCAGAGGACCAUGUGCAAGCCCUGCGUGGACCAUGAGGGCAAUGUGAUGGCUGAGCCCUUUGGCACCUAAUAGCCAAAGGGGAGACUUUCUAGGAAGAGGUCCCAGGUGACCCACGCUUUGCCUUCUUCACACAGAUGGAGACAACCAAGCUUCUAGUUAUAGGCAAGUCUCAGGGUCAAAUUGGAGGCAUCUGUCUGGGGUCCACUCUGACCCUGGGCUUUGCUGAGAGAGCUCUCCUCCUCCAAAGUCAGCUCUGAAGCUGGGGCUGGCUCAGGCCCAACUUCUCCAGGGAUCACUUUUGAGCCACAUCCAUCACAUUCUUCUUCCAUUCUUUAUCAGAUGUUUAUUGGGCACCUACUAUGUGCUAGGCCUGCACCUGCUAUGUGCCUCUGGGGUAGCCCUGCGCAAGGAGGUGGGGAGUCAGCUCCAAGGAGAUGCUCUCUGCAGGUGCCUUAUACAUCUUCUGGGCAGCUCCCUGCAGGAGAACGGAACCUUGAAUGGGGGAAUUUUUGGCACCAAAGCUUUGUCCAGUCCCAAGCCUAGCUCUGGAGCUCUGGGGGAGGGUGGCAAGAGAGCAGCAAAGAGAGGGGUCUGUGUGGGGGCAUCUCUGAAGACUGACGUGGCCUGUCCCUGCUUGUGUAUUGGUUAUUGCUUUAAGUCUCUGUAAUUUCCGUUUUCAGGAUGCACCUGCUCCCUGUUCUCUGGCUGCAGGACCUCCUGCUGGUACCCCCCCCCCCCAACACACACACACAUUAUCCCUCUUAUAGAACAGCAACAAAAACAUGCAAUUCCCCACCAUGGUGGGUCUUUGCAUCUCCUGAUUCUGAAGGUGCCCCAGACUCCCCCUAGGGAGGCCUUUUGGGCCUCAGUUUUCCCAGUACUUGGGGGAAACUGAGGCCCAGAUCCUAAUUUGGGCCUGAUCUGGUCCUAUGGCCUGAUCCUAGUACUUGGGUAAACUUUGGUUGAGGGGUGGUGUCUUUGACCGCCCUGAAAUAUCUUAGAAACGUGGGGCAUUGAAUGUUUCUCGGGGGUUAAAUACAUCCUAUUAUCCUAAACUAGCAUCACACCUGCUUCACAGGUGGGAAAACUGAGGCACGGAGCAGUCCUUUUGUCUGCUCAAGGCCACGUAAUUGGGCGCUGGACAUUAGCCAGCAGCGUCCCCUGGCGACAGGUGUGGCUAAUUGGGGGGGCGGGUCCUCCUCGCCUGGCCGGUUGCCCCUCCUGCAUCUCACCUGUUGGAGGUCAGCCUGGGGCGGGAGUGACCUCACCCAGAGCAGACGAGUUGGCUCUGCAUUCAAGUCUCAAGUUCUUUUCCAGUCUCUGGAAGGCUUAGUAUUUCCCACACUCUUGCCUCCUUCCCAGAGUGCUUGAAAAUGUAUACGUGACACAGGUCCUUGCAGUAGCCUCUGGCUUCCAGAAUAGCUGGCUUCAUUCCUAAAUGAUUCCACUGAUAAUUCAUCAUCAUCACAAUUAAAUGAUCAAAUUCCACAGAGGGAGAAACGUCAUCUGGGUCAUGAACUUGAUGCAUUUCCUUCCAGACCUUUAAAAGGCAGAGAUUUAGGGGAUGAUUAUUUAUAAUUUUUUUCUCCCUCCCCCUUUACAAGUAAUACAUGUUCACCAUAGAGAAUUUGGAAAGAAUGGAAACAUAUAAAGAAGAAAAUAAAAUUCUGU